CUCCAACACUCCCUGUCCCCCAACCUACACCCUCUCCCUCUGUAUCGCGAGAGACUGACUGGGACAGCAGGCACAGAAAAUAUUCAUGUUACCUGCAACACGAGCAGUUGCAAAGCUUUUAUGAAUAAAUAGAUACCGUAUGAUUCAUCAAUAAGUUUAGCAUCAACAGGGGGCAGCUAGACGGAGAGGAAUGCAUAUUAAUCUGAAUACUGGCAGACACAUUGCCUGCUUAGCAAAACAUCCAGCUAGCUGACCAGCAGCUCAAACUUGAUCAUUUAUUAGCAGCGCUGGGUUAGCUAGUUAGCACCAGGCUAGUUCAAUAUACAUUUGCAUUUAAUAUUUUUCGGAUUUCACUCAAGCCAGCGAACAAAUUGCGCCUUUUGUGCAAAAAGUUUAUUGAUCUGCACCGGCCUCGCGUUACACACUGGCCUUAACUGACGAUGGUCACAAAUCCCUACCACUGGAUCCUCGCAGAGCCUUAACACCGGAGAUCACCUGAGAACUCCCAUCGCCUCAUCCUGCUGCUCACCACAUAAUUCAGCGUUACCCCCCAUACACACGUUUACACAUUUUGUGUAGAAUGUGAACUAUUUCAGAGUCAAAUAAUUUUCUUUAAAUGGGGGGGAAACAAUUAUCAGUCAUUUUCAGGCCACAUUUUUCUGUCCGCUUUUCCAAAUUCAUGUCUAUUGUAAAAGUGUAGCCUGAUGAGCAGAUCGAGUGCCCCCCAUACUGUUCGCAACGAUCCUGACAUCUUUGAGGAUCGGUUGGUCUCAAAUUGAUCUCUUAUUAGUCAGUCAUGAACGGCUCCCUGUUAACCCCGCCCAGUCCGCGGGCUGCGGCAAGUUCAUCUCCCCUUCCACCCUCCCCAUCUCCUUCGCCUUCUCCUCCAUCUCCAUCACUGUUGCCACUUUCCACAAGACCCCCACCUUUGCCUCCUCCAACUCCUGCCAGUCAGCCCUUGUCAUCGUUAUCCGAGACACCCACACCAUCUCCAUCUCCCUGCCUUAGCUGGACCGAGUUCUGUGAGCUCCACGCCCGAGUAGCCGCCGGUGACUUCGCCCGGCAUUUCCGGGCCUUCUUGCAGGAGAACCCUCAUUAUUCCCCUGAUUCGGCUGCUGCUUUUUGCCGCCGCUUUACAGACAGAUUCGUUCAACAUUUCGAGAGCGAGCUCGAGGGGACCGGUGUCAGUAGGGAUGGAACAGUGAGCUGGGUCGCCCAAUCUGACGUUACGUCACUGGAGGAGGAUGCAGCAUCUCCAUCCCUGCUGCCGCCAGAAGCCUCCACCCCAUUCCCUACUCACACGCGAGUUGUGCCCAAACUGGCAUUGACCCAGGAGGCCCGUGGCUCGGAGCAAUUCCAGAGCGCCGGAACAUUUCAGGACUCGUAUGCUCAUACUCAGAUUCUCCCACCGUCCUCCUCUUCAUCAUGCUCUUCCUCUAUGGGCGGGAAUAACGGGCGGAGGGAGGACAGGGGAAUAGCGGUCAAAUAUAACCAACCUGGAUACAAAGACCUGGAAGAAGAAGACGACAGCUGGGUGGGACCUGUCACCGGAGAGGAGGUGGAGACGGAUGUAGUAGCAAGGGACAAUGAGGGCGAGGGUGAUAUGACCUUGGAAAGAGCCGAUCUCAGCCAGGCAUGCCCCAAUCCCUCUGGCACACCAGCAAACUCUGGGUCAAAAGGCAGUGAGACACCCAUUGGUGGACACUCGAAGAAUAAACUAAAAAAGCGGUUCUCUUUGCGCAGCGUGGGCCGCAGCGUCCGAGGGAGCGUGCGAGGCAUCUUGCACUGGCGCAGCUCCUCCAGUGACGCCCCCCAGAACUGCAGCUCGGGUAAUUCUGCCCCCCUUCCUUCCAGUUACAGCUACACUACAGGCCUGCAAGAUGGCAAGAGGAACUCUGGCUCGCAGGGCGUUCCUGCGUCUCUCCCUGUCUCUCUCUCCCUUCCCCUCUCUCUCCCUCACUCGUCGUCCUCUUCAUUGCCCCCAUCAUCCUCCAGUAGCGCCACCUCCCUCUCGCUCUCCGAGGCCCGUGACUGGCGGAGGAGCAACGGCGACGGGGAGAAGGAGAAGUGGAGUCACCGGUUGGAGAAACUGCGACUGUCCCGAUCACCACCACCGACUCUGUCCGCCGCAGCUCCACCUUCCUCAGCCGUGUCACCAUCUGCGCUACCCCCAAGCAGCAUGGGUGCCCCGUGGAAGAUGGGCAGGCUGGUACGGGAGGGAGGUGUGACCGUGUGCUCCUCUUCGGAUGAGUUUGCCAGCACUCAUGGAUUCCCGGGAUUUCCCUUUGGACUGCUGCACCACAGCACGGACAGCACAGCGUCGGGACAUCCCACGGCCAUGGGAGGAAUUGCAGGCGGAAGGGGGAUGCGGUGGCACAAGUGUCGUCUAGUUCUGAAAGAACGAGAUAAGGACGGAGGGGAUGGAGGGCUGGAGUAUUUCCUGGAGUUUUACAUCCCACCUAAGUCCUCCAAGCCCAGACUGACUGUCCCAUGCUGCUCUAUUGUUGAUGUGAGGAGCACUACCGCCAUAGAGGUGCCAGACAAAGAGAACACCUUUCUUCUGCAGUUGGAAGGUCAGGUGCAGUACGUGAUCGAGACCAGAGAUGCGGUCCAGAUGAGAGCUUGGCUUAGUGACAUCAGAAACGCCAUUUGUCUGAGUGAGCAAGAGGAUGUUGAGGGAGUGUGCGGCAGUGCUCUCGCCGACCUCAGCAGUACGCCAGAAUUCAACGACCGCCUGUCUCAAGUGUGUUAUGGUGGAGUUGGUGGUUCUCCUCAGCUGGAGCCUCUACCUCCUGAGUUGCCACCCCGUGCCCCUCUUGAUGAAUCAGACAGUCGACUGCUUGGUGGGGGUGGAGGCGGUCUUAGCACACCUUUUGCAGAAACUCCUGAUGCCACAGGAUCGUUCCUGUUCUCUGAAGGCUCUGUUUCAGAGACGGUGGAACAUCCUCUGAGUGAGUGUCAGUGGUUUCACGGGACACUCUCCCGUCUUAAGGCGGCCCAGCUGGUGCUGGCGGGCGGCUUGGCCAACCAUGGAGUGUUCCUUGUGAGGCAGAGUGAGACACGCCGUGGGGAGUAUGUCCUCACCUUCAACUUCCAGGGCAAAGCAAAGCACUUGCGUCUCUCCCUCAACGAGGAUGGACAGUGUCGUGUGCAGCAUCUCUGGUUCCAGUCCAUUUUUGACAUGCUGGAGCAUUUCCGUGUGCACCCCAUUCCCCUGGAGUCUGGGGGUGCCUCUGAUGUCACCCUCAUCAGUUUUGUGGGGGCCACGAAUGUCCGGCAACAAGACUUGACCAGCAGACCCCGUAGUCCUCCUCAGCCACCUCCUCCCCCUCUGCCUCCAGGACGCCCUCCGCCCCCAACCCCGCCGCAGGAACGAGGGAGUGAGCCGGAGGCCGCCGGAGGAGGCGGAGCAAGCAGCGGGGCAGAGGAGUGCGAGGACCGGGAGCGCGAGCCGCCUCUCCUCCAGUUGGAAGGGGUGGAGGGCGAGGAGAGAGAAGGAGGCAGAGCCAGAGCCAUCGACAACCAGUACUCCUUCUUCUAAACGGGAAAACAACCAGUCGGGAUAGAGGAGGAAGAGGAGGGCCCUUCACAAUCAGUAUUUUCAGUGUUCUCCAACAGAAGAACUGAGCGACUGCGUUAUUAACACUAUUAAACAUGAGCUUUCACGGUGCGAGAGAGAGAUGGAGAGAAAGAGAGAGAGAGACGCCCAAAAACAUAAGCAUAUAUGAUACUUACGGUACUUUUUAUUUUAUUUUAUUUUGUAUAAAUACUAAGUAACAGUACUACACUAAAUUGUAGGUGCGUUGUUCUAGAUUUGUUCUCCGGUGUUUGUCAGUGUGAAAGUUCCUCUGGUUCUGCUGCUGCCUAGGAAGGUACAGGAGUGUCAGCGCCGUCACUGAGCUGGUGACGUGUUUUAGCAACUUACUUUAUUCAGACGUCUAGUAUUCUUUGAGCCUUCGCACUUAUAUGAAAGGAGUUUCUUUUUCCCCUCAGUUGAGUGGAAAUGUUGACUUGUUCAGAGAUUGUUACCCACCAGCACUCUUUGUUGUUGCUAUUAUUAUUAUUACUGGAGCUUUUUAAGUUGUUUUCUUUAUUUUCUGCCACUGACAAACUGCGAAUGUCACAAAGUCGUACCUUUUUUUUUUUUAUCCUGUUCAUUUCAGUUGUACUGAUUUAGUUAGUUCAGUAGCAGGCAUUGCCUCGGGCUUGACAACGUCCAGUUCUGCCAAAAACAACAAGCCCAAUCCUCUGAAGUCCAGUAGUAUUACUAGCGUAUUAAACAUCUCCACAGACGCCAUCAUUACCUCAGAGUCCCGAUCUGUCGCCCAGCUCCUCUGCUCUCCCUCUCUGUCUUUACAUCCUUCCCUUCCUCUUAGCUUUACAGUAUUUGGGUUUAUUGUUGUGUUUAUUUCAAAGCUAGAGUCCAGAGGAGGGAGAAAGAAUGUCCUUUUGGUUUAAAAGAGAAAUUGUUAUUGAAUGCGAAAAUGUUGAUAACCGAUGAUGAUGAUAAUUAGAAUUUAAUAUUUGUUUAAAUAAUAGCAUUAUUUUUGUUUGGUUCAAAAUGCCUUUAUUUUUGUUGUGUACUAUUUGAACAAAUAAUAUUUGUUCUCCAAAAUCUGUUUUCGGUUCGUAUUUUUUGUGCC